CUCGGGCUGCGUCGCCGGGCAUGGCGGCAUGGGGCCCCGUGGCCGCUAUGCCUUUGCUCCGCGGGAGCCGCGGGCUCCCUCUGUGGCACUGUGCACAUCGGAUGUUCGCCUCCCAGACGGAGGGGGAGCUCAAAGUGACCCAGGUUCUCAAAGAAAAGUUUCCUCGAGCCACGGCUAUCCAAGUCACAGACAUCUCAGGAGGCUGCGGGGCGAUGUAUGAAAUUAAAAUCGAGUCAGAAGAAUUUAAAGCGAAGAGGAUGGUCCAGCAGCACCAGAUGGUCAAUCAGGCACUGAAAGAAGAGAUCAAGGGCAUGCACGGCCUCCGGAUAUUUACCUCAGUCCCCAAGUGCUGACCAAGCUCCCUGGCUGCGCGACUGCUCAUGCUGAAAACCUUGAGCGUACUUUGCUCACAGCAAUAUUCUAGAAAAAUCCCUGCCUCACUCCCCGAGUAUCUAUUUUUUGUUCAUUAUCAUUUCUAUAUUAUAAUUAUAGAGAUACGUUAUCUAUUUAGAGUUAAUUAAAGAUCACAGGUACCUACUGCUCAGAACAGGUGUGUGUCACACUCAGGCCCUCCUGUCAGAAGCAGCGUCCUUUGUUCACACUGAGUCUCUGCAUAGUUCAUCCUACCACAGGACACAGAGUGCAGGUCAGAAUUUUGUUUUUCUUUGCUUUUUGAGACAGGAUCUCAUUGCGUAGCCCUGGCUGGCCUGGAACUGUUUAGACCAGGCUAGCCUGAACUUAGAGAUCUGCUUGGAUGAAAGGCAUGUGUCACCAUGCCUGACCCCGGGUUUUUGGUCCCAUGAAGUUUUAGGGACUUUUUCCUCCCAUACGUCUCUAAAAAUGACAAGGGAACCCCGCCCUCCCCACGCCCUAGUUUCUCAUCCCAGGCGAGGAGCAGAGGAAUCUGGCAUGCUGAGACCCGGGUUUGAAGGCCCACCCCCACCCCCGUACUCUGCACUGGGUGGGGGGUGAGUCUGCCAGCAGAACCACGCACGCAUUUCACCCUGGGCCCUGGGAGUGACACGGAGGAGCUGCGACAUCCGUCUGGAUACCAGAGUUCCCAAGUCUGGUGUUCUGGGUGGAUGUUCUAGUG